AUGUCCAACGAAGGAGAAAGUGAUCUCACCACCCCCCGAAAGCUAUGGCAACAUCCAAACCCACAAUCGACUCGCAUGUGGAAGUUCAUACAAAAAUGCAACGCAACAUAUGGACUCUCCCUGGGUGACUUCCAUGACACGUACGAAUGGUCAACGGGCUUAAGACGCAACGAUUUCUGGACGGCGCUCUGGGAUGAGGUCAACCUGAUACAUGAGGGCUCAUAUGUCGAGCCAGUCGAUGAUAGUGUUCGUAUGGAUUCGAUUCCUCGUUGGUUUGAUGGAAUCAAGCUCAACUUUGCCGAAAACAUUCUCUUCAACAGAGGAAGUCGGCCGGGUGACCUUUUCACAGAUAAUGGUAAGACAGAUACGAAGAUAGCUAUCACCGAAGUCAGGGAAGGCAUGUCGGAGGUUCACAACUAUACCUGGGCGGACAUUAGAAGAUCAGUAGGUCUGCUGUCAAAUGCAAUGCGAGCGCAUGGCGUCAAGAAAGGCGACCGGGUAGCUGUUGUCGGGAGCAACAGCAAAGACACUUUAUGCACAUUUCUUGCUACCACCGCAGUCGGCGGGAUCUUCAGCAGCAGUUCGACUGAUAUGGGUACGAACGGAAUUCUGGAACGUUUGAGACAAAUUGAGCCCAUCUAUAUCUUCAUUGACGAUUUUGCGGUUUACAACGGAAAGACGACAGCUCUGAGGUCGAAGAUCCAGGGUAUCAUCGAAGGGCUGAAGGACAAAUCCAACCUCAAAGGCAUUGUGAUACAGCCCCGGUUCAGUCAACCAGCUGAUAUCCAGUCACUACCACGAACCCUGACGCUGGAAGAGUUCGUGGGCGCAGCGCGUGGGAAUGUAGACCUUCAGUUUGAGCGUGUACCGUUUAACGAUCCACUCCUGAUUGUCUAUUCGUCGGGAACUACUGGUGCACCAAAAUGUAUCGUUCACUCUGUUGGAGGAGUCCUGAUUAACGCGGUCAAAGAAUCUGCUCUCCAUAGGAGUAUGGGCCCAGAGUCCGUUCAAUUGCAGUAUACUACGAAUAAGGUGGUGCCGAGAAAACUUGUUGACCUCAGUUCCCUGAAACACGUGGUCAGUACAGGGAUGGUGCUCAGCGAUCAACUUUUCGAGUGGUUCUACGACACAGGGUUUCCACAGACCGCUCAGCUAGCGAAUAUAUCUGGUGGGACCGAUAUUGCUGGAUGCUUCGGUAUGGAGAACCCACUAAACCCGGUAUAUGUCGGUGGAUGCCAGGGUCCAAGCCUCGGCACUGCUAUCGCUGUAUUUGAAGAGCGACGUCAAACCGAUGGAAGUCCUCAGAUAGUUAGACUUGAAGAUGGGGUGCCAGGAGAGCUAGUUGCGACCAAGUCGUUCCCAAACCAGCCAGCCUUUUUUUGGGGCGAGAACGGCUCACAGAGAUAUUUCGACUCCUACUUCUCGAGAUUUGACAAUACAUGGUCCCAAAAUGAUUUCAUCAUGAUUCAUCCUGUCACAAAACAAAUAUUCUUUCUGGGCCGUGCAGACGGGGUUCUUAAUCCGUCCGGCGUGCGAUUCGGGUCGGCCGAAAUCUACAACGUGCUUGAACAACACAUACCAGAAGUCCAAGACAGCAUCUGUGUUGGACAGCGCAGGAAGCAGGACGAUGAUGAAUCGGUUCUGCUUUUCCUGCUUAUGGCGCCUGGUCAAAAGUUCACAGCAGCACUGAUCGGAAAAGUCAAACAAAUUAUCUCACGAGAGCUAAGCAAAAGGCAUGUCCCGAAGUACAUAUUCGAGACACCAGAGAUACCGAUGACAAUAAACGGGAAAAAAGUGGAGUUGCCUGUGAAGCAGGUAGUGUCGGGCUUCAAGAUCAAACCUUCAAGUACGCUCACAAAUCCAGGCUGCCUCGCUUACUACGCAGAGUUCGCAGAGGAUGAAAAAUUAUCCACUGCAUCGCUGGAGCGGGCCAGAUUAUAG